CUUCUCUGCUCAACCUUCUAAGCACAUGCCUUGCAUAUCUCUCCUGUCUUUAUUCGUCCUCUUUCUCUCUUUGUCUGUCUCUCUCUCUCUCUCUCUCUCUCUCUCACACACACACACACACACACAAACGUGCUCACACACUUUCGAGGACCAUCCAGCCAGUGCCCCUCUGUCCUGUGCCUCUACGUCUGUGUUGACAAGUGGAGGGAGCAGCUUGCCUCUCUCCUCUGGCACUCAUCAUUCCGGCACGUGGUGAAAGCUCUGCGCUGGCGGCCCAGCCUCUUUCCCGGUUCAGCCUGGGACGAAAGACGCUGCUGGGAGCUGCCACCGCUGUCAUGUUGCUCCUUAUCCUCGUGGUCCUCAUCCCCAUCCUGGUCAGCUCUGUCAGCACCGGAGCCGAUGACGCCGGCCACUACGAGAUGCUGGGAACUUGCCGCAUGGUUUGCGAUCCAUACCUGGACAAAGGCAUAAGCACGGGUACUGGCACAGGUACGGGUACGGGUACUGGCACUGGCACGGGUACGGGUACGGGUACGGGCACUGGAACAGGAAUGGGUACGGGUACUGGCACUGGCACAGGUACGGGUACGGGUACGGGCACUGGUAUGGGCACAGGCACGGAGGCAACGCUUACCCAAGCAGAGGCACUGAGUGACCACAGCAUGGGCCCCCAAAUGCCCACACAUGUGCAGAGGCCACAGGGCAGGCCUGGACGGCCAGGGAAGCCUGGGCCACCUGGACCCCCAGGACCGCCCGGAGAGCCAGGUCCCCCAGGACCCGUAGGGCCACCUGGGGAAAAGAGUGAUCUGGAGCAGACAGGAAUCUUCACUCUGGGAGGGAGAGUCGUGACACGCAAAAGCGCAGCCACCUACGGAACGGUUCCUCGUGUGGCAUUCUAUGCGGGGCUGCGGAACCCACAGGAGGGCUACGAAAUCCUGAGGUUUGAUGAUGUGGUGACCAACAUUGGCAACAAUUAUGACAGCUCAUCAGGGAAGUUUGUGUGUAAGACUCCUGGGACAUACUUCUUCACCUACAACGUAUUGAUGAGGGGUGGGGAUGGAACCAGUAUGUGGGCGGAUCUUCUGAAAAACGGACAGGUGAGGGCCAGUGCUAUAGCGCAGGACCAGGACCAGAGCUACGAUUAUGCCUCGAACACUGUGAUCCUGCAUCUGGACCCUGGAGAUGAGAUCUUCAUCAAGCUGGAUGGGGGCAAAGCUCAUGGUGGGAAUAGCAACAAGUACAGCACCUUCUCUGGCUUCAUCCUCUACUCUGAUUAGAGAGUCAAGGAUCAAAUGGUACAGAGGACAAGGCAAUCAGAAGAUCAAGCUUUAUGAGUUCCCAAAGCAGGAAAUUUAGAAUCUUGUCCUCCAUAGUGGGAAAGACAGAUGGGACUUCACUGAUUUGCCUAAAGAAGGAAGAGCUAAAUUAGGACUAUUCUUAAUUUAGCUAAUGGGGUUGACCAAAAGACUCAUUAAUUAGAAGAUACGAUGCUUUUUUCCCUCUUACAAACUGACAUAUUGUCAGUGUUUUAAUUAUGAUGUCUCUUUAAAGACAUAUUUAGACAGUCACAUGUGGUUGUUUGGUCGACUCACUGAUUUGUUUGCUUCUACUCAUGUGAAUAUCUACAGUAUAUUAAAUCUACACUACCUAUUUUGAUUUCCAAAUGUUCAUCCACUCCUAGCUGUUCCACUUACAGGUUGGAAAAACAGACAUGAAUAAUGAUCCUGAUUAUCCAGUCCUGCUGCCUAAAUGUAGUCCCAGAGAUCAGUAGAUCAGUAGCAAAGCUCUGUUUGACUCUCUCCUUCACUCCUGGGAGUUACAAUUUAGCUGUGGGGUGAGGUGGUGAGCGUUGCUUCUGAACAGUAGCCAUCAGAUGAGAACCAAGCCAUGUUACAAAUAGCCAUUUAAUAAAUGCAUAGUCUGUGUGUCUCUUUUCAUGUCUUAGAAUCUGCAAUGCUAUGCGUCAUGUGUAAUAACUGACCUUCUGAGAAACUAUACCCAGUUAUGGGAUUGGUAUGUGCCCUGGUCCCAACACUCUAUCCAGAUAGUAUUAAUAUUUGUCUCCAUUGAUACAAAUUAUGUGGAAAUAGAUAUGCUUGCACUUUCUUAAAUAUGUCUUACUAUGUUUAACCAAAACUAUGGAAUUGGGCAGGGCAGGGGGUGUACUGCGGAAUGGCAUGUACUUAUUGCAUGGUGUGCUGCCGAUAGUCCUGAGAAGGAAGAGACCGAAGCACCAUUCAGAAAUAUCCCUAAAGGCCAUUCUUCUGAAAUAAAAAGCUUGAAAGAUGCAGCAAGUCCUGCCCAGCAUUUGUAAAGAAUCAGUAAUUGGCUGUAUGUAUCUGGAUGUAUCUGUUGUAUGUGAAAUGCAAACUAUAGCUAUACUUUUGCUAGUAAAUGGAGAUUUUGUUACA